AUGCCUACGGAAAAUUCUACACCACCACCGGCCCAGAUGAAUUCGAAUGGCCCCAAAGCAUCACCGCCGACCCCACCUCCCGCCCCAGCCCCUCGAGCUCCUCUGCCUCAGACACCUAGUGUCAUGCCUCAAAGCAGCAAACCAGCAGUCGAAACACCUUCUGAGUAUCUCAAAAGCCUCGCAUCGAUGCCAGCGGAUUAUUUGACACGCCCUGUGGAGGUGGAGCCGAUCCUGAAGCAACCCUACAAACCAGUCUACUACUUCUUUUACGGCACCCUUACUCAACCUAAGAUCUUGUCACAUAUCCUCGAUCUCAAACAGCCGCCUGUUCUACGACCUGCAAAAGUCGUUGGCUAUACGCUUACAAACUGGGGCCAGUACCGUGCCCUUAUAGAUGGCAAACCCGGUGAAGAAGUAACAGGAUAUGCGUACCUCGUGGGCUCGAUUGAUGACGAGCUGAAGCUGGCUAAAUAUGAGACCAAUGCUUACGAGCCGGUAGAUUGCCGGAUUCAAUUUACAGACAAUCGGACUCCAGAAAACCUGUAUGGUAUGACGUUUAAGUAUGCUGGCGACGCCGAGAGCUUGAAGGCCGGAAAGUUUGAUCGGAAAUUAUGGGAGCUGCAAAUGGGCACGAGGCUAUCGGAGAAGUGGAGGGCCAAGGGUACACAUUUGAACAGUUGA